AUCCGCCGCGUCUGCGCGCCCAGCGUCGUCCGCCACCCUUCUCCUGUGUCCGCCAGGAGCGGAUCUCGGUUGGUACUCGCCCUGCGCCGUCCGCCAGGAGCGGAUCUCGCCACAUCUGCGCUGUCCGCCUGCGCCCUGCAUCGUCACCGUCGUCUGGGACAAGAUCGGAUCUCGGUGAUCUGCGCCCUCGCCACAUCUGCGUUGUCCGCCUGCGCCCUGCAUCGUCACCGCCGUUUGGGACAAGGGCCGUGGAUCCUUGAGGGCAGGGCUGCAGAUCUGCGUCGUCGCUGUCGUCGCUGCUUCUGCGCAGGUGGCUGCCAUUGCGGGCAGAGUCGCUGUGGUCUUGAUUAUCUGCAUCACGGCGACAUCCGCUGUCCAUCUCGGCUUCCGCGCCCAGGAACUUCGUCAACUCGUCCAAGUCGGGCUGUUGUCGGCUGCGGCUCCUCUGGUUUGUUUGGUUUCACUGAUUUCCAUUGAAUUCAAUAUGGCGACAAAUGCUAUUGUGGUCAAUAUCACUCUCGAUGGUCAAAAUUAUCCGGAGUGGGCUUUCUGUGUUGAGACUGCACUCCGGGGACAUGGAUUACUCUUCCAUUUGACUGAUGCGGCACCUGUUCUUGCUGAUGAUCGUCACAAUGCUGCUGAUAUCAAAACAUGGCAACUUAAUGAUGGUAAAGUGAUGGCUGCUAUGGUGAACAGCGUCAAACCGUCUAUGAUUAUGAGUUUGUCUAAAUUUAAAACUGCUAAAGCCAUCUGGUCUCAUUUGAAGGAGCGUUUUUUUCAGGACAGUGGUGCUCUAUUACACACCCUCAUGCAGCAGACACAUGUUAUUGAGCAAAAUGAUAUGAGUAUUGAUGAGUACUACUCAGCCUUUGAUCGCCUGAUGAGUGCUUUGACAUCCAUGGUGCCUGCUUGUACUGUUGAUCCAUGUCCAGCUCAUAAGUUUAUUGAGAAGUUCUUCACUUACAGAUUUGUUAUGGGUGUUCGGACCGAGUUUGAUUCUCUUCGUGCUCGUUUACUUCAGGGUUCUGACACUCUCACAAUGGCUAAGGCGUUGUCUGAUUUACUCGCUGAAGAGACUCGUCUUAAUUCUCUUUCCUCUACUGGUGGUAAUCCUCACAGUGUGUUGGCUGCUGCCCAGAAACCUAAGAAUAUUUUUAAGCCUUGUGAUCAUUGUGGCAAGACCAAUCAUCGAUCUGAGCUUUGCUUUGUCAAGUUUCCUGAGAAGUUGACUGAUUUCCGUGCACGACGUGCUGCUCGUGGUCGUGGUCCAGGACCAUCUACUAGAGGCUCAGUUGUUGUUGCUGCCACUUCGUCCGCUUGUACUUCAGAGUCGGCCUGGGUACUUGAUUCAGGAGCCUCCUUUCAUGUCACAUCUGAUCAGUCAAAGUUGGCUUCUACUACACCUGUCAUAGAUGGUGCUUCAGUGCAGACAGCUGAUGGACCUUCGCACAGGGGAAGUGAUUGGGACUGGCCGUCGCCGUAGAGCUGCUCCUCGCCUCUACAUCUUGGACUCUUUGCGGCUUCCUUCCUUGGCUACAUCUCUAGCGCAUGUGCUUUCAGCUACCCUUGCUUCUGUUGCGUCUUUUGCCCAGUGGCAUCAUCGUCUAGGUCAUUUGUGUGGCUCUAGAUUGUCUACUCUAAUAAAGUCAGGUUGCUUAGGUCAUACUUCGGUUGAGUCUGAUUUUCAUUGUAAGGGUUGUCAUCUUGGAAAACAAAUACAACUUCCAUAUUUUACUAGUGACUCUCAUUUUGUUGAACCCUUUGAUUUGGUUCACUCUGAUAUUUGGGGUCCUGCACCUUUUGUGUCAAAAGGUGGAUAUAAAUACUAUGUCAUUUUUAUUGAUGAUCA